AGCAGAGUAAGGGACGUGGCGAGAUUGGAUUGUAUUGAAUAAAAUUGAUAAACUGUUCACUUAAUUGAUUAGAAAAUGCUUGCAGAGGAAGUUGACGAAUAAGUAAAGAGCCUCAAAAAUCCUUCGAGUAUUGUGAGUUACCCAAUCUUCCCCUCCUGCAAUUAACCAAGCGAAAAUCCCUUUUAUCCACCAGCAUGAAUCCUCCUAAACCCGUCUGUUUUACCAAAGCCCAACGCGAACACCUUUCGCUCCAGCGCCGCCUCGAAGACCUCCGCCGUUCUAAUGACACCGCCAACAACACCUCUUAUUCCCAUUCUGCUAAGCCCUCCUCCGACUCCUACGACUUCCGCGACCGCGAACGGCAGCGGGAGUGGGAUCGCGAAUCCGACCGGAGGAACCGUGAACGUGAGAGGGAGGAGGAAGCCAAGGCUCGAGAGCGGGCGCGGUUGGAUAAGCUAGCUGAGAGGGAAAGGGAAAAGGAAUUGGAUAAGCUAGCUGCCAUUAAGAAGCAGUACCUCAGAUCCAAAAAGCCUAAAAAGAGGGUUAUUAAACCUAGCGAGAAAUUUAGGUUUUCUUUCGAUUGGGAGAACACCGAAGGUACUUCCAGAGACUUGAAUUCUUUGUACAAAAACCCUCACGAGGCACAGCUUUUGUUUGACCGAUGGUUUAGGGCUGGAAUGGAUCGCAGGGACCAGAAAAAGCUGGCCGCCAAAAAUGAGGAGAUGAGAGAAGAGAUUAGGAAAAAAGAAGGGGUUAAAGAGAAGCCAGAGGAAGCCGCGGUGCAGAGGUUAAAAGAAGCUGCAGCUAAUACUUACGAUACAUUCGAUAUGAGAGUUGAUAAGCAUUGGUCUGAAAAGAAGCUUGAAGAAAUGACUGAACGUGACUGGAGGUUUUCUAGGGAAGAUUUCAACAUUUCCCAUGAAGGGUCGAAGAUUCCACGGCCAAUGAGGAGUUGGAGUGAGAGUAAAUUGACUUCCGAGUUGUUGAAAGGUGCGGAGAGAGUUGGGUAUAAGAAGCCUUCCCCGUUACAGCUUGCUGCGAUUCUUCUAGGAUUGCAGCAAAGGGAUGUGAUUGGGAUCGCUGAGACAGGAUUAGGUAAGACUGCUGCUUUUGUUUGGCCAAUGCUUUCUUAUAUUUCUAGAUUACCGCCUAGUGAAGAGAAUGAAGCUGAGGGGCCAUACACUGUUGUUAUGGCCCCAACUCGUGAACUUGCUCAACAAAUUGAAGAUGAAACUAUGAAGUUUGCGCAUUAUUUGGGUAUUAAGGUCGUUCCUAUUGUUGGUGAUCAGUCAGUAGAGGAACAACGGUUUAGGAUUAGACAAGGGUGUGAGGUUGUUAUUGCUAUGCCUGGUCAUUUGCUGGAUUGUUUAGAGAGGCGGUAUGCUGUCUUGAAUCAGUGUAAUUAUGUGGUUCUUGAUGAGGCUGAUAGGAUGAUAGAUACGGGUUUUGAACCCCAAGUUGUGGGUGUAUUGGAUGCUAUGCCGUCUAGUAAUUUGAAACCAGAGAAUGAAGAUGAGGAGCUAGAUGAAAAAAGGAUAUAUAGGACUACUUAUAUGUUUAGUGCUACAAUGCCUCCAGCUGUGGAGCGCCUAGCUAGGAAGUAUUUGAGGAAUCCUGCUGUGGUCACUAUUGGUACUGCUGGAAAGGCUACUGAUUUAAUUUCUGAACAUGUUAUAAUAAUGAAGGAAUCAGAGAAGUUUCCAAGAUUGCAGAAAUUGCUUGAUGAUCUUGGGGACAAGACAGCAAUCGUGUUUGUCAAUACUAAGAAGAAUGCUGAUACUAUUUCUAAGAAUCUGGAUAAGGCUGGUUAUAAGGUAACAACUUUGCAAGGUGGAAGAUCGCAGGAGCAGAGGGAAAUUAGCCUUGACGGUUUUAGGGCCAAGAGAUUCAAUGUUCUUGUUGCUACAGAUGUUGCAGGGCAUGGGAUUGAUAUUCCUGAUGUGGCUAACGUCAUUAACUAUGAUAUGGCGAAUAGUAUUGAAAUGUACACACAUCAUAUUGGAAGAACAGAACAUGCAGGCAAAAUUGGUCUGGCCACAACAUUUUUGACUCUCCAUGACACUGAUGUCUUCUUUGAUCUUAAGCAGAUGCUUGUUCAAAGUGGCAGCCCUGUCCCUCCUGAGCUGGCAAAGCAUGAAGUUUCUAAGUUUAAACCAGGAACAAUUCCUGAUAGACCUCCUAGACGCAAUGACACUGUUUUUGCUCAUUGAGAGUUUUUAUUGACAUGUGAAAUUCAAGUCCCCAAUUUGCUUAGAUGUAGUAUGGUAUUGUAGUUGCCAAUAUAUUGAUCAUUGCUGCUCACAAGUAAUUGCACUGGCAUUCCAAUUGUAAAAUUUGAACUUGGUAUUUGUCAACUUUACUUUAUAGUGCUGCAGCAGUACUUGGUAAUAGGAAGAUGUUGAACUUUUUGAAAUA